UCACUGAAUGAAUUCAGAUCUUCACUGCAUGAAUUCACAUCUUCACUGCGUGAAUUAAGAUUAUACAGAUCUGAUGAAGACUCUCUGUAUGAUGUACUAACAUCAGCAGUAGAUAGAGCUCUUGAGAGUAAGAAUGGACGUCUGGAUCUGUUCCUGCGGUUCCUGCUGGGCGUCUCACUGGAGUCCAAUCAGAGACUCUUACAGGAUCUCUACUGACACACCCACAGAGAACAGCUCAGAGAGCAUCAGAGAAACCACACAGGACAUUAAAGACAAGAUCAAAGAUGAUCCUGAUGAUGAUGAUGAUGAUGAUGAUGGUGGUGUUGAGCUGUAUGUAGAUGAAAUUGAUAUGCUUGAGAAAAAACAUCAAAAAGGGACACAAAAAAAACUAAAUCUAGAUGGUUAAUCUCUCAGCUGGUGAAUCCAGACAAUCUGUUCCUCUGUCUGCUGGAAGUGAAAGAUCAGACUCUGUUCAGAGAGAUUCAGGAGUUUGUGAAAUCAGACAAACACCCAGAGAAACUCCUGCUGCUCACUGCUCAACAAUCUCCUACAUGCUUCAGAUGUCAGAGGCCCCGCUGGAUGAACUGAACCUCGAGAAAUACAACACAUCAGAUGAUGGGAGAAGACGACUGAUACCAGCUGUGAUCAACUGCAGAAAAGCUCUGUUGAGAUAUUGUGGCGUCACAGAUGAAGGUUGUUCUGCUCUGACUUCAGCUCUGAGAUCAAACCCCUCACACCUGAGACACCUGAAUCUGUCUCUAAAUAAUAAUCUAAGAGACUCGGGAGUGAAGCGUCUCUGUGCUGGACUGGAGGAUCCUCACUGUAAACUGGAGAAACUGGGGUUGAGAUAUUGUGGCGUCACAGAUGAAGGUUGUUCUGCUCUGACUUCAGCUCUGAGAUCAAACCCCUCACACCUGAGACACCUGGAUCUGUCUGGGAAUAAACUACAAAAAUCAGAAGUGAAGUUACUCUCUGAUCUGAAAGAUGAUCCACGUUAUAAACUGGAGACCAUUAGACUACUUCUAGGACUCUCAGUAUUUACACCACAAUCACAUUAUCCUCAGGAUCAGCUGAUGGUGAAUAAGAGCCGCUACAGAGACGUCACAAUCAACAGAGACUGA